AUCUUUCGCGGGGUAUAGCAUAAAAACCAUACCACAGACACGAGCAUUAUAAUUUUGUGGUAGGAAUGCUCUCUCUUUCCCUGAAGUUGGACACUUCCAACGGCACCCAAAACUUCGCUCGGUCGGAACUGUGUCAACAAGAAACUUUCUCCCCGGUACCAAAGUGUGAUCGCGAGCCCCCCCCCCCGGUGUGCACCUCUGUCUGGUCAGCAUAUUUUGGCCGAAUGACGGUGAUGAUUGUUGUUAGCGGCGCCCCGUUCAGUUCAGUUUCGUUUUCGCUUUCCUUGUCGGUGGAUGUUUAAAUCAGCUUCCGCGGAGGAGAUGUCUUUCCCGUACAGUAUAGACUUUGUGGAGCCUGAGCAGAACGAACAGUUGCUGAAAGAUUUCCAUGGUGAACGCACCGGAUUCGUGCAAGUGGGUGAGAAGCGAUGGUUUUUCCCGUCCCGUUUUAAGCAGUAUGCGGAAUAUCUGUACUCGUUCGAAGCCCGAGAAGACGAUACGUGGAUCGUCACCUAUCCACGAUCGGGCACAACGUGGUCCCAGGAGAUGGUUUGGUUGAUAUGCAACGAGCUUGACUUUGACACCGCCAAAAGCAUACCGUUGACGCAGCGAUUUCCCUUUUUCGAAUUCCACCUGUUUGUGCACGAUGAGGUGAAGGCAGAAUUUUUGAAGGAAAACGAACACGACGAGGAAAGCGUGAAGUUUAUCGAGCAGCUCUCCCAACCCGUCGGUGUGAAGCUGUCGGAAAUGCAGACUCCUCGCUACAUCAAGACGCAUCUGCCCAUUUCGCUACUGCCGCCGAGUGUGUUUGAGAAGAAAGCGAAGAUCAUCUACGUUGCCCGGAACCCGUCCGAUGUGGUUGUGUCCUACUACCAUCUGAACCGUCUGUACCGGACCCAGGGAUACGUUGGUGAUUUCGAAACAUUCUACAACUAUUUCGAGCGGGAUUUGACUCCCUGGUCACCGUACUGGGCCCACAUCAAGGAAGGUUGGGCCGAGAAGGACCGUGAAAAUGUACUCUUUAUGUACUACGAAGACAUGAAACGGAAUCUGCCCGAUACCAUCCGGAAGACGGCCUCCUUCCUGGGUAAAGCGUUCACCGACGAGCAGAUCGAAACCAUGUGCACCCAUCUGGACAUUCGGAACUUCCGGCACAACAAAUCGGUCACGUGCGAGGAGCUAAAGACGGUCGGCAUUCUGAACGGGGGCGAACAGGGAUUCGUACGCAAUGGGCAGGUGCGGGGCAAUGCGGAAGAGAUGACGGAGGACAUAAGGCGGCGGAUUAACGAGUGGACCGAGCGAAAUUUGGACGGAACCGAUAUUAAGUUCCCGGACUGUUAAUGGGCCCGAGCCGUUAACAACUAGCAGGUUGUGGGGGGUUCUACGUUGGCAAUUAUUUUUAAAAGUUUGAGAAAAAUAUAAACC